AUGAAAAGCAAAAACACGAAAGGUGUAAGUUACGAAGAAGCCAUGAAAGAGGCCUUUGUCGAGAUCUUCCAGAAUCUUAAAGAAAUUGAAAAGGACACUGAGAAGAAACUGAGACUGAAAAUAGAUUUCGAGAGAAGAAGAGGCAGCGCUCCUUCUACUCUAGUACUUAGAGAUGGAACAAAAGUUUUUACGAAACCAAGAGAGACAAUCACAAGACAAAUCUCUGCACCCGUGCAACCCAACUCAUUUCCAAACACGACAGACAUGAAAAGAAAAUUGCAUUCGCCUCCAUCACCGGCUGAAAUUAAGUUGUCGACGAUGCUGUGGUUAUAA